UCCGGGUCAGGCGGCGUCCAGGCUGUGUUGAUGGUUGCACGCACGUGUUGUUUCUGCCUACAUCUCUACCUUUGACCCAGACAGACGGAGUCAGUUCAUCAGAACCAGCCAGGGAAUAUAGGACAAAUCUCGGAGACUUCCUGCAGCCAUGGGCCCGCUCCGCUCAAAGAAGCGCCGGCCAACAUUCCGUCGGCUGUUGAAGACUAGUGGUAUGAAACUGGAGAACAAACUGAAGAGCCGCCAGCUGAAGCAGCAGAAUGUGGCCAAGAAACAACGCAAGGAGCAGAAGAGGCUGCGGCAGGCCAUGAAAGGCGCUGCGCUCCAGGUGCCCCGGCCACUAGAGACAUACAGGAAGAGACCAGAUGAGGAGGAAGAAGAGGAGGAGUUCCUGGAGAACCUGCCCUCGGACAUGAUGGAUGAAGAAGACUUAAAGGAAAUGACUGCCAUGGCCCGAAAAGCAUCCUUCAUAACCAGAGACCUGUCGUCCUGUGGGCCAGUGCAUAGCAGCAAGACGAAGAAUGCCGACGUGGUGCGCAGCUACGAGAAGAUUCCAAGAAAGAUGGCAAAGAUGGAGGAGAAAGAGGUGAUCCAACUGCUUCCAAUCAAAGACAAAGGCAGAGUGAUUCCGAGGAGCAUCGAAAGAGCGGUUAAACAACAUCAGGAGGAGGAGGAAGAGGAGCUUGCAGCGAUGCCUGAGCAGGAGGAAGACGAUGAAGCGCCACCGAGCCACAUGGAGCUGACACCAGAGGAAAGAGAACAAUUUAGAAUUCAAACAUUAAACAUAAAGAAACAGCGCAUCGCCAGCAUGGCUUCAGCCAUCAUCUCAGAUCCAUUAAACAAUAUGAAGCGUGUGAAAGAGCUGCGGGGGAUGAUGAUGGAGGCUGACCCCAGCGUGGCGGUCUCAGUGAGGAAAAUGGUGAUGGUUUCUCUCAUGGAGGUCUUCAAAGACAUCGCCCCCACCUACAGAAUACGACCCCUGACCUCUGCAGAGAAGAACACCAAGGUGAAGAAAGAGACUCAGCAGCUUAGAGAGUUUGAGGAAAGUCUUGUCAGUCAGUACAAGUUCUAUCUGGAGGACUUGGAACAGACCAUUAAAGACUGGAAGCAGAAGAAGAGGAAACGUAGUCAGGUAGUGAGCUUCCAGUCAUACCGCGGCCUGGCUGAGGUCUCAGUACGCUGCCUGUGUGAGCUGCUUCUCUCUAUGCCACACUUCAACUUCCACAACAACAUCAUUGUCGUCCUGGUUCCUCUUAUGAAUGACCCCCUGAAGAAGGUGUCAGACAUGUGCUGUGAUGCGUUCAGGAAGCUCUUUCAGGAGGACAGAGUGGGCGGGGCAUCACUGGCCACAGUGCGGGUCAUCUCUGGCCUCACCAAAAGCCUCAACUACAAUGUCAGACCUGAGAUGCUUCGAACUCUGCUGAGUCUGAGAAUCAAGGAGGUGGAGAUGAAGAAGGACCUGGAGGCCACGGCACCAAAGGCCAAGUUUAUGACAAACAAAGAGAAGAAGAAAAACUUGUCCAGGAUGCAGAGGAAGUGGAAGAAAGCAGAAGAGAAGCUGGAAAAGGAGCUUCUAGAGGCUGAAGCUUCAGAAAGCAAAGAGAAGAAGACCAAACUGCACACAGAGACUCUGAACAUCAUCUUCCUCAUCUACUUCAGGAUUCUGAAGAAAGCUCAGCGAUCAGUUCUCCUCCCUGCUGUCCUGGAAGGACUGGCUAAUUUUGCUCACCUGAUCAACCUGGAGUUCUUUGAUGACCUGCUGAACGUGCUGCAGAACCUAAUCCAAUCAGGAAAUCUGACCAAUCGGGAGAGUCUCCACUGCAUCCAGACAGUCUUCACCAUCCUGUCUGGACAAGGUGACGCCCUGAACAUCGAUCCUCUGAACUUCUACUCUCAGCUUUACAAAAUUCUGCUGCGGCUUCAUGCGGGGGCACCCAAUGAUGACAUCAUCAUUGUGCUGCGGUGUCUGGACGCCAUGCUGACUCGUCGCAGGAAGCAGGUAACCCUGCAGAGAGCCAUGGCCUUCUUCAAACGACUGAGCGUGCUCAGUCUACACGUCCUGCCCAAUGCCAGCAUUGGAAUUCUUGCAGCAAACCGAGCUACCAUGCAUUCAUUCCCCAAAUGCGACUUCCUCUUGGAUAACGAAAUUCAGGGCAGUGGCUUCUACCUGAUGGAACUGGAUGAACCUGAACAUUGCAAUGCUCAGAACACUGCACUUUGGGAGCUUCACACACUGCAGAGACAUUUCCACCCUGUUGUACGGCGGUUUGCUGGUCAUUUGAGUCAUGGAGCUCCGAGUGAUGGCUCGGCAGCACUCAGUAUGGAGUUCAGCCGCAGGUCUCCACUGGCUCUGUUUGAAGACUACAGUGUCAAAGAUAUGACCUUUAACCCACCUGUAGCUUUGCUCACGUCCAAGAAGAAGGAUCAGUUUGUGGUCGGAACGGCGCUGCUGGACGACAGGCUGCAGAAACAAGCGGAUAGCAUCCUGAGUGAUACACACAUGGACUUCACUGCAACACGCCAUUGAGAAUCUCACACACUCACAUCGAGGACCUGCUUGGAGGAUAAACAGAUUCCUUUUUAUUCAAAACAGGUUGAGGUGGUGUAGAACAGGACACAUGACCUGGAGUUGCUUUGUGAUUGAGACUGUUGAGACCUACAGCACAUAACAGUGGUGAAGUAAAAUAUUCCCAGCACAUCUCUUUUAUCAAAAGGAAACUGAAGUUUUUAAAGCUGGUCAGCUCCAAAUUAAGCCAAAAUAUCUGAUUGUGGACCAUUUAAGCAGCAGUUCUGCAUGAGACUUGAUGAGUCCUUUCUUUUGUUUUAAAGUCUUACAAGAUCAUUUUGAUGUUUCAAACUGGACUAAUCAAGUACCACAUCAAUCUUUGUGUUUCCUGAAGAAAAGACACUGCUCAGAGGAGAGACACUUUAUGGUACUGAAAAUAUACAGUUUUAGUUGUAGAGUUCCUUCCAGCUUACUUGUUGUUACUUUACCUGGUCGGUGCCUCCACAUUAUUUCUGACUUUAAAAAUUUCUCCUUUUCUUCAAACACUCACUUUUAACUUUACUGGGAUGGAAAGUUGCAGCAUCAUUUUCAGGAUUUAUCCCUGAAUCACUGUUCUAUCCAACCAUAGAACCUGUUUAGAUUAUGAUAAUCUACCAGUCUGACUUCCACUCCUUAAGCUGGUUUCUUACUGCUUGUUCAGACACUUACUCCUGUUUGUCUUUCAUUUUUGUUGAUAAGUUUUUUUAUAUCUAGCAAACUGUUCUGCAUUUUCUGUUCUUUCACAGCUACACUGUGUUUGUUUGCCAUCAUAUGUUCCAGCUGGCAGUCCUCUGCUUGGGGUUAUGUUUUAUUUCUUUUAACAUCUCAGUUUAAUGUCUCACAGCUCAGUGUUACAUCAAGAAUUUAAUUCUCUUAUAGUGAUUCUGCUUUUGUUUUUCAGCUAAUUACAAUACUUAUUCACAA